CCCAGCACAGCAUUCCACCUGGUCACAUUAUACUGACAAUGGGUGAACCAGUUGUUGCCAUUCCCCAAAAUGCUGAACCUUAAGCAGGAAAUAACCACUACUAUUUUAAAGGACUUUGGUAUGUCACGGUGUGGAGACAGAACCCAUUGCCUUCCUUACCUGGGCGAACACUUAACAUUAAAGCCAAAAGUGAGGUGUUGCCAAGCAGGGCGCUAGGGAAUUAAAGAAAUGAAAGAAUAGCCUUCUUUGGAAAUUCAGAACCAUGAGUAGUGAUGUGAAGUCUGGUCUGUUUGAACGCCUCCGUCCCAUAUGUGUCCAGCUUACGAGGGAACAUACUCGGGAAAACGUGACUGCUCUCUUCCAAGCAGUAACAGGACUGGAGAGAAAAUAUAUGCAGGAGCUACAGGAGUAUGUUCUCUUUCCACUCCGGAUCAUACUCAAACAGGAGAAAAAAUAUUCCGGGGAGCUGUAUGUGGAUAUCUAUCAGUGUAUGGAAUGUGUGUUGUCUAGCAGCUGUGUCACACGAUGGGACAUGUUCCUAGACAUCUUCAAUACUGCCUGUAUGACACUCAGCGACCCCACUGAUCCAUCAAAACUGUCCCCAAUAUCAGAAGAAUUGAAGCUGGCCAUUGUUCAGAUGCUGUUGUCACUAUUGAAGAGUUCCGAUUUUAACAUCAUAGAGAACCUGUUUGCUGUGGGGAGUCUCCCUGUUCUAGGACAUGCUGUGUCAAUGUUACUAAAUAUCGCAGACCAGGAAAGAUCAAGACCUUUAAAAAUUGCAGCCCUUGGGUUUCUUAUGGAACUUUGUCAGGAAGAUAGAAAAUACUGUACAGGAAUGCGAGUUAGGUUGGGUGACACACUAGCUUCCUUCCUCCCGGGAGUCACCAUCACUCUGAGCCGUGUCAUCAGCUGUGACACUCACCAGGGACAGACUGUCAUACAGACUGCCCUAGAGCUGUUGACAAAGCUCAUGAGGUUGGUACUUGAUGACAAACUUGUCGCAGAGAGUCAGUCAAAGGCCAAACAUCAAAGCCAUAGUACACAUGCAAUUUCAAAACUUGAAAGUUUGGUGGUACGAAGAAGUCCUGAUUGGUUGAAAAGUACAGGUUCAAAGUUGGAUGUGAUCGUGAAGCAGGUUACAAAAGUGAGAAGUCAUUCCAGCUGGAAGGUUAGACUGUCGUUGGUGGACUGGGUGGGAACCAUGCUGCUCCACUGUCGGGGGAGCCUGGAAGAGAGUGUGGCAGAUCUAUUGACUGUAUUGGUAGGCAGACUUGGAGACGACUACCCUAAGGUGGCCACACACAGCCGUCAAAAUCUGGACAGGUUUGCCGCGUCACUGGACGGUAAACAGUGUCGCCCUCUGGUGGAAAUGUUGGAGGAGAAUCUCUAUAGCCUGUCAAUAUCUCUCCCCCGACAAAUGAACACCACAGAUGAAGAAGAGAAGUUGUUUGUGGUCCAGCUGCUGGUAGGAUACCUGGAGCUACUCGGUGACCAGAUAGAUGGACUAAUGCUGUCACAUGGACGCCGACUCCUCAUGUCGCUGGUGCAGGUCCUAGACAUGGACUACAGUGAUAUUCGGACCGUGGAGGAGCGCACCACCAUUACUGGUCAUGGAACCAGUGCCUUGAAUCAGGACACUUCACCCAAUGUUCUACCACUCCGAAAAUACUUUAAACAUUUCCAUGACGAUCGGGUCUACAAAAAGUUGCAGAGAACCUGCCAGUGUCUAGGACAUUAUGGUAACACCCAGUUACUGGUGGACCAGGUCCUGGACAUAGCCCACCUGUCAGCGGCCUACAAACCUCAGGCCAUUCUGAUGCUGAACGAGAUCAUCAGUGGUACUGCAGAAAAACAAAGUACACACAAACCUUCAUCAACUGAUGAUUGGCCAGAUGACCGUCUGAAGAGUGUCAUCAGAAUGUUAGUGGAGGAUUACCUAUCCCCUGGUAACUUCUACCUGGUAACUACAGCAGCUGAGACAGAUACACCGCAUCACCAGGUGUCUGGAAGUUCACUACGGGCCAUAACUCAAGGUUCCGGUGAGGACAGUGUGGGAGUGUACCACAGGAACACGGUUCUCAUCUGUCUACUACUGGAAGGACUGGGAACCUUUGCUAAGGUGCUUGGUAAAAGUUAUCUACCCCUGUUGGUGCAGACACUGUACCCUAUGUUGGAAAAGCUAGGGGACAACACAGCUGUUAUCAGCAAUGCAGCAUAUCUGUCACUGUGUACCACCUGUACAGCCUGUAAUUACAGCUCCAUAGAAGAACUGAUUCAGAAAAAUGCUGAUUACCUGGUAAAUGCCAUUUCUCUUAGACUACGCCAUUUCCAUGACAACCAGCACAGCCCUCUGGUGUUAAAGGUUAUGUUACAGUACAGCAACUGUGACCUACUGCCUCUGAUAGACGAUACCAUACAAGAGAUUUUAGAUGCCCUGGAUGACCACCACUUGGACCAGGCAAUGCUGUUUAUGGGAGUCUUACAUGAACUGACCAAGGCUAUUGUCAGAUGGUUUCCUCCAAUUAAGUGUGAAGUUACAGCAAAGAACUCUCAGUACAGAAGUGACAAGGAGGGGGAACUCGGUGAGGGGCCAGAGGAAGGGCCACUGCUGCCCUUUAUACAACACUACUGUGAGCAGAAGCGGCUGGCCAGUGGGGAGAUCACGGAGGAGGACAUAGUUGACGAUGACAUCAUAGACGAGAUGGAAACAAUAGAGGAUGAUCACAGGGGAGAUAACUCUGAACCAAACACGGUUAAGUUCGUAAAACAGGUGAUGAUGCGUUGUAAGCACCUCCUAUCUUCCCACAAUGCGCGCCUGCAACUUCUGGUACUGGACACCAUCAGUCAAGCGUGUCAAGCCCUGGCAGAUCAUACAAAUGAGUUACUUCCAUUGCUACAUGAACUAUGGGCCCCGUUCAGUGCAAGGUUUGUGGAUGAAGAAAAGCUGGUCAUUAAAAAGGCUCUAGAGGUUUUGUUGGUGAUGGCCGAUAGGAGCGGAGACUUUCUCAAACAACGAGUGAUGAAGGAUGUGCUGCCAGUCGUCACAAAUUUUCUGUACAAGCAGGCUCAGAUCAGCUCACAGGCGGGUCAGGCGUACCUGUACACAGUCAACUGUAGAUUACAACAGCAGGCCCUUCAGGUGCUCGGCAGCCUUACCAUACAGCUUGAUCUGGCUGGGAACUCUCUAGACAGCAUCCUUAGUGUGUGUGUGUCUUACCUUAGUUCACGGCAGCCCAAACCUCUACAACAGGUUACCAUGGAGAUGUGUAAACAGCUAGCAGCCAUUGGAGGUGAUGUACUGUGGCUGAGACUGAGUGACCUAUACAGAGAUCAGGAAUAUUCCCCACCACAUCCAAUCUUCUCACCCUUACAGUUUCAUUGUAAAGUUGGAUGUCAAAAUGAAUUCUCUGAUAACAUCAUCAAGCUGAGAAGCUCUGGAAACUGCAAGGGGACUUGAGUGUUGAGAGGUGUAAUUUGGU